UACUUGAGUUAAACAAGAGAUCUAAUUUAAAAACAUUAAAAAAGGGCAUACAAAACAAAAUAUUUGAUCAACAUAUCAAUUUUUAGACAUAAUAAUUUUACAUGAGAAGGGAUAUUUACAACUUGGCAAACUGAAAUGACAAUUAUGAAAGGAAUACACCCAAGUGGUAAUAUUCUAUUCCAUUCUAUUCUAUUCUAUAUCUAUACCAACCAAAAAAAAAAAUCUUUUUAUUUCAUUUGAGUAGAAAUGCAUCCACUUAAUCUGCCCUAAAUCAAGAGCUAAAAUUUAAUUAAGAAAAAGAAAAUCAAAUGAGAAAAGAGGCUCUUAAAAUAAGAUUGGUGAAAGAAAGAACAAAAAAGAUUCAAUUUUUAAGUUUCAAUCAUUACAUAAUUCAAUAAUGAAACAUAUAAUAAAGCUAAAGUUCAUACAUUUAUGUAUGUGUAAUUAUAUAUUGGAAAAAAAUCAAAACCCAAUUGCCCAAUUACAGAACAAGUGGAAAAACGAUAUAUCCUAGAAAAUCCAAAAACCUCAUUUUUAUUUUUCAGACCACACCAACAACAACUCUCCCAGAAAAUAUCCCAUUAUUUUCUUUCUUCCCAAACAGCUUUUACUUGACUCGGCCGUCAACCCAAGUGGGAACGCUUUUUCUGAGCUGCUUAGUUGAUGUAAAAGCCAACUCGGAAGCUUUAAGAAUCGGUUACUGAGUCACUGACUCGGUCCUAAUCGAGCUCCAGUAUGUUGAGUUCUUCUUGCUCUCAGGCCCUUCUCCGCCGCCCUUUUCUUCCUCCCUCAACCCCAAUUACUAGGGUUCCUAAUCGACCCAGAGAUAGAUUUCCAAUUACCCGGAGCUUUCGGAUCUCUGAACCCCAUUUCAGUCCUCUGAAGAAGGAAUGGAAAAGAAUUUCAUGUUUUAGACAAGAGGAUUCUUCAUCAGAAACCCAGAAAUCUGCAUACAUUGAACACACUACUACGCCUGAGGAAGUCAUUAAAUCUGAGACCACCCAGAAAUCUGAAUAUAUUGAACACUCUUGUCCACCUUCAAAUGCAGUCAGAAGAGAUUUUCCAUUAAGUCUUGGAGAGCUUGCAAAUGUAGUUUUCAAAUCAAUAGAGAAGCGAUGGACUGUACCGUGGACAGCAGAGACCAUAAUGCAGGUUAUGCUUCUUUGGGUUGCUGCAUUCUGUUUUAUAGGAUCUUCGGUUGCUCCAAUAGCGACCCAUAUGGCAGGUCUCAGUAGGGAAUCCCUAACACUUCGAGGGCAAGCAUUUUUCAGUCUCUUAACUGAUGUAACUGAAGGGCUUGCUGGAAUCAUGAUUCUUCAUCGCUGCUUGUCUCGGUUUCGUCCCCUCCCACCAGAUUGGUUUAGAUUUAGCUUCAAAGGAAACUGGUACAUCGAUGUUGCUUUGGGAUGCCUCAUGUUUCCCCUUGUCAACGGGCUCUCACAUUUCAAUCUCAAACUCUUGCCACUUUUUCCAUCCACACCCGUCACUCUAUCAAGCGUUGAACAGUCAGUAGUGGCAUGCGAUCGAGUAGCAAUGGCACUGUAUGCAAUAGUAGUCUCAGUUUGCGCUCCUGUAUGGGAAGAGAUCGUCUUUAGGGGCUUUCUUCUCCCAUCUUUGACCAAGUACAUGCCAGUGUGGUGUGCAAUUCUGGUGAGCUCAGUAGUCUUUGCCAUGGCACAUUUCAACGUACAAAAGAUGCUCCCGCUUAUCUUUCUCGGGGUUGUGAUGGGUGCUGUCUUCGCUCGCUCAAGAAAUCUACUUCCAUCAAUGCUCUUGCAUAGCCUUUGGAAUAGCUUUGUGUUUCUAGACCUAAUGAAGUAAAGCUGCUGCUACUGCUGAACAUAUUACUUGCCUUAUUUUUUCGGUGAUCGUCGAGCCCAUUUUCGGGUCAGAUUCGUGGCACAACCUGCACAGUAUCCCGAGCCUUACGAUCUCCUCAUAAACCCGGCUGCAAUCUGAUCGGUAAACAUCCUAAGGAUGAAGUAUAUAACUUACUGAAUGCAUUAAAAUUGAUGAAGAAACUCAGUAUUUCAUCAGAAGAAUCAGUUGGCAGUGUUGAUGUUCAUGUCUUUGAUAAAUUAUAUAACAUAGCAAGUGAAAGGGACAGAGAUAGAGAAGGAUAGAAUAGUUUUUGUAAAUGAUUAUUUUCAUGUUGAUCUUAUCUUUUCAAGCCACCAUUAUUACAAAGCUCUUGUAGUUGUUGUUCCAUAAGUCCCUCCCCCUUGUUUAAUUAUUUAUUUUUCUUUUCAA